CGCACAAUGAACCAAACCAGUUGCGCUAUCGCAAGCGGCGGCUAUCGGUGAAGCCGAAGCUUCUCGCUCUCUCUCGCUCUCUCAUACUUAUCGUCUCUCUCUCAUAUUUAUCGUAAUGUGUAUACACAAAUAAAAUUGGAAAUCCGGCGGCCAUCAAAUUUUGCUUCAGACUUGUUGUGAAUCGGUCCGCUUAGGACAUCGAUACAUUACUGUACAUCACGCUGCAUGUAAAUCUGCAUCUUCUCCCUCUUUGAUGAUCUGGACGACCACCAAUAAGCAUCUUCAUUCAUGAAGAGAGGCUUUCCGGACUAAGAAAAUGAAGAAUUCGGUUUCAGAACAGAGUUUCUACAUCGAGAGCGAAGAUGAAGAUGAGGAGGAGGAGUUCAACAAGGGUGAAGAUGAUGCAAACGAUUCAGAUUCUUCACAUAACUCUAAUGAAGACCAGCCGCAGAGCAAACCCAAUUCUCUCAACACCACAUGGCCCCAAAGUUACAGGCAAUCUAUUGAUCUAUAUGGUAGCGUACCAUCGCCAAGUAUUACAUUUCUUGGCACUCCCACAUUGUCAAAACUAAGCGGUUCAUCAUUUCUUUCAUCGUCACUUACAAGGAGACACACUCCUGAGAUAUUACCUUCUGCAACUAAACCACUGUUGCCAACAGUAGCAGAUGAGCAACAACCACAACAAAGACGAAGUUCCCAUUCUCUGCUUCCUCCUAUUCCUUCAAGAAAAGCUUCAGCGAAGAAAUCUGCCAAGGUCUCACAUGAAGUUCCAGCAUCUCGCCAGAGCUCAUUUGGCCAAGCUACUAUAAACGGCAUAAAUGUUCUAUGUGGAGUGGGAAUCCUUUCUACUCCUUAUGCUGUCAAAGAAGGUGGAUGGGCCGGUCUCUCCCUGCUGUUUAUUUUUGCAGCCCUUUCUUACUAUACAGGGCUACUCUUGCGUUAUUGCUUGGACAGCCAACCCGGGCUUGAGACUUACCCAGACAUUGGCCAGGCUGCCUUUGGUACUGCAGGACGUUUUGCCGUAUCAAUAAUUUUGUAUUGCGAACUUUAUGCUUCUUGUGUUGAAUACAUUAUAUUGGAGAGUGAUAACUUGACAUCACUAUUUCCAAAUGCACAUUUAAGCCUGGGAGGAUAUGAAUUGAAUUCACACCAUUUGUUUGGGCUGCUGACUGCCCUUGCUGUUCUUCCUACAGUAUGGCUCAGAGAUCUCAGUGUACUUAGUUAUAUCUCUGUUGGUGGAGUUAUAGCCUCAAUAUUGGUAGUCAUUUGCUUGUUCUGGACUGGCUUGGUGGAUAAAGUUGGUUUCCAGAGCAAAGGGACAACACUGAACCUCACAACCCUUCCUGUUGCUAUUGGGCUCUAUGGUUACUGCUAUUCAGGUCAUGCUGUCUUUCCCAAUAUCUAUACAUCAAUGGAGAAACGAAACCAAUACCCUGCAGUCCUCUUGACUAGUUUUGCUAUCUGUACUUUGAUGUAUGCUGGAGUUGCUGUCUUGGGAUACAGGAUGUUUGGAGAAUCAACAGAGUCUCAAUUCACUCUUAACAUGCCUCAGGAAUUGGUUGCCUCUAAAAUUGCUGUCUGGACUACGGUUGUCAAUCCUCUUACCAAAUAUGCGUUGACGAUGACUCCAGUAGCAAUGAGUCUGGAGGAAUUGAUGCCAUCUAACCAUCUCAAGUCUCACAUAUAUGCAAUCCUCAUCAGAACAGCAUUGGUGAUGUCUACCAUGGUUGUUGGUCUCACGGUGCCUUUCUUCGGCUUGGUGCUAUCAUUGAUUGGAUCUCUAUUUACAAUGCUAGUGACCUUGAUACUUCCUUGUGCCUGUUACCUAAGCAUCUUGAGGGGAAAAGUAACUCUGCUUCAGGGCUCUCUUUGUAUACUGGUUAUUGCUGUAGGAGUUGUAUCGUCGAUCUUUGGAACCUACUCAUCCUUCACCAAAAUUGUCGAGAGCUUGAGCUGAAACUUCUAGAAAUUUUUCCCUAAAGUAAGAGAUAUUUUAUGGUCAAUAGUGAUGUAAACCAAUCAUCAGUUCCUUAGCUUGUAAUAUUAUUUAAUAUCAAUCCUGAAUCAGUUUCAGAUUCGUGCC